AUCCAACCUUAUCCUUCUGUUCCGCUCUGUUUAAUUUCUAAAAAUUCAAAAAGGAGCAAACUUCGCUUUCUCUGAUUCUUCAAUGGCGAUUGGGAUGCCGGAAACCCUGACCAGAGAGCAGUGCGUGUACAUGGCGAAGCUCGCCGAGCAAGCCGAGCGCUACGAGGAGAUGGUGCAGUUCAUGGAGAAGCUCGUCACUUCUUCAACUCCUGGCUCCGAGCUUACCGUGGAAGAACGGAACCUGCUUUCCGUAGCCUACAAGAACGUCAUCGGCUCCCUUCGUGCUGCUUGGAGGAUCGUUUCAUCGAUCGAGCAGAAGGAGGAGAGCCGCAAGAACGAGGAGCACGUGGCGCUUGUGGAGGCGUACAGAUCGAAGGUUGAGAGUGAGUUAUCGGCUGUUUGCUCCGGGAUUCUGAGGAUUCUGGAAUCCAAUUUGAUUCCGUCGGCGGUAGCGGUUGAGUCAAAGGUGUUUUACUAUAAGAUGAAAGGAGAUUAUCAUAGGUACUUGGCGGAGUUUAAAGCUGGGGAUGAAAGGAAAGCUGCUGCUGAGGAUACUAUGCUAGCUUACAAGGCUGCCCAGGAUAUUGCUCUUACUGAUCUUGCACCAACGCACCCUAUAAGGUUGGGGUUGGCACUCAACUUCUCAGUGUUUUACUAUGAGAUUCUCAAUUCAUCAGAAAAAGCUUGUAGCUUGGCAAAACAGGCAUUUGAGGAAGCCAUUGCUGAGCUGGACACAUUGGGUGAGGAGUCCUACAAGGAUAGUACUCUCAUCAUGCAACUGCUGAGGGAUAAUCUUACUCUCUGGACUUCAGAUAUGCAGGAGCAGAUAGAUGAGGCAUAGUUGGAUAGGAUUGUUUUGGCUCUUCCAGGGGGGUGGGCUAGAAUGUCAUGAACUGUAAUCUAAGUACGGCAUAGUUGUGUAUAGUUGUGUAAAAUUUGCUCUGGUUUUAGCUUCCUGAUGUAGCUACAAACUUAUUGUUGGAAACAACUAUAAGAAUGAAUUUCAAUUCCCAUUGAGUGAUUUACAAGUGCUA